AUGGACUGGUUCCAACAACUCCGACUCGGCAGGAUCGAUGCUCAAGCCCGCCCAGUCGACAUGUCAGACGUCACUCCUCUCCAGUUUGAAGCAUGCCGCUUCAAUGCUGGCCGACUGCUAGUCCCGAAACGGUACCUCGCCCCAUUUGCUGUCACGCGCACCGAUCUAGCGCUCAUCGAAGCCGGCGUGAUCUCCGACAACGGUUAUUUGAGGAUGAACGAUUAUGAACGCGGCUUCUGGGACGCAGAAUCGUUGCAUAUCACCCACAAAUUGGCGAACAACAUCUCGCUGGCCCUCGUGUGUCGACAACACCGCAUGGCGCUACUCGAUGUGGUCGUUCGCAUCGCGCAACUCACUGAGAAGCGCAUCAAAGAGAGACAGCUCACCAUCAGCCCUCGUCCAACAACGGGAGAAGAAGUGCGCAACUGGAUGCUGGGAAGCAUGGUGUGGGAGAUUUGCGAGGGCGUGUUUCCGGAGGUGGUCGCUGCGAGAUAUGCGUUUAGUGUAAGGGAUAUGGCCUUGUGCAUCGCACAGUGGGGCCUGGCGAUGAAGGGGUAG